AUGUCCCAGACAGUUACCGAGGUGCCGACCACCGGUACAACUCUUGAAGUGACGUCAAUUCCCAGAGCCUCGCCCACGCUCCCGGCGCCACGAACGAGCCAUGGUUCAGCACACGUGCUCGAGCCCAUGUUGGUCGAAGAAGACGGGUCCAACGUCUCGACGAGCAGAACAGUAGCCAUCAUUGCCUCCAUCACAUGCAUCACCGGAAUCGGCAACUUGCUCGCCGGAGCUCUGACAGUCUGUAUUCCGGUCAUAUCAGAGGAGCUUUCCAUUGCAGAGAGCGUGCGACUCUGGCCUGUAUCCAUCUUCUCCCUCACCUGCGGUUGCACGCUCCUCUUAUCCGGCACCCUCGCUGACGCGCUCGGCCCUCGCCGCGCCUACCUCUCCGGCACGGCUCUGCAAUCCGUCUUCGCUCUCGGUUCUGGUCUCGCGCGUAGUGGUGAAGUGCUGAUCGCAUUCCGCGGAUUGACGGGUGUCGCGGCGGCACUUUGUCUACCGUCAGCAGUGGCUCUGGUAGCACGCAGCUUCGCGGAAGGUACUCGGCGGCGCAACGCUGCGUUCGCGGCCAUGGGCGGCGCGCAGGCGGUCGGCUUCGCGGGCGGAUUGACGUUGGGGGGCGCGCUGGCGGGCUCGGUGGGGUGGCGGUGGGUGUUCCACCUCGCGGCGGUGUUGGGUGCGGUUGUUGGGGUGGUCGCGGCGUGGGCGCUGCCGAGGGCGAAGGAGAGGGAGCCGUCGUUGUUCGACGCGGCAACGUGGCGGCGGUUGGGCAAGGACGUCGAUUGGGUCGGGGCACUGGUCAUUAGCACGGCGCUGGCGCUGCUAUCGUACGUCUUCGCGGCCAUCACGGGUGCGGCGCGGUCGAUGCGCGAGCCGGCGAACGUGGCGAUGCUGUGCACCGCGCUGGCGCUGCUGCCGGCGUUUUGGUUGUGGAUGCGGCGGCAGGCGCGACUGAGACGGCCGGCGCUGAUUCCCAACGCGCUGUGGGCCAACGGCGCGUUCACGACGGUCUGUGCGACGGUUUUCCUUGUCUGGGGCGCGUUCAAUGGUGUGGAACAGUUCAUGGCGUUCUACCUCGAGUACGUCCGCGGAGUUGCACCGCUGCAGUCGUCGCUGUACUUCCUGCCCGCGCCCAUCGCUGGCACUCUCGUUAAUGUCGCUGUCGGCGCGCUGCUGCCGCUGAUGCAGCCUGCCGUCGCUGUGCCUGCGGCCUGCGCCGUCACGGCUAUCGCGCCGUUGAUUCUGGCCCUGUUGUGCCGAGUGGAUGGGCCCGGGUACUGGCACGCUGUGUUCGAGGCCAUGGCGCUCAACGUCGUCGCGCCGGACGUCAUAUACACGAUUGCGAACCUAGUUAUCACGGCAGCGUUCCCGGAGAAGACGCAGGCGCUGGCGGGUGGAGUGUUCAACACGAUGGCGCAGAUUGGUAAGAGCGUCGGCCUGGCCACAACAGCGGCGGUCGCAAUGCGCGUGACGGCCGAAGUACAGGACGGUCGUGGCAACGAGGAGGCGCUUUUGCAGGGAUAUAAGGCUGGCUGGUGGUACUGCUUCACGUUGAGCACAGGUGCUGUGGUGGUUAGUGCCUGGGGGCUGAGGAGGGUCGGAAAGGUGGGAGUGAAGCAAGAGUAA